CUAAUCACUCUUUUCCCUCAAAUCUCACUUCCAACAUCACUAAUCUCUCCCUCCUUUCUCUUCUUUAUCAAUCUCAAAAACAAACUCACCUCCUCACUUCUUCACUCUCAACUACCUUAACUAUAUUUCUCAAAACCACCUUAACAACUAUAACUACCCAAUUCUCUUCAACAUCCCAACACCAAAAAAGAUACAAAAUUUCCCCCCUCUUCUCCAAUUUUACCUCAUGGGAUUCUCACAAAAUCAAACAGACAGCAGUACCCUUCUCAUGCAGAUUCAGUUUCUGUUUUUUUCCCACUUAAGAUUGAGAUAUGCUUGUUUAUAUUAACCUCUUUACAAUAGCCAUGAAAGUUUGCUUCUUUUUCUGUUUUCUUGGGCAUGUACUGAAAUUUUGAGUUCAGAAAAGAAAAAUGAUGGGUUCAGGUUUAAAUUUGGUGAUGACAGUGAUAGGAUUUGGUGUUAGUACUAUGUUUAUAGUGUUUGUGUGCACACGUUUGGUUUGUGCUCGGAUUCAACUUAACUCAUCUAGACGUUCGUUUCCUGUUGCUUCCAGAUCUGAUCUUAGCAUUCUAGAACGAGGAUUGCACGGUCUUGAGCCUGUAAUUGUAGCCAACUUUCCUACAAAGAAGUACAGUGAUGACCUUUUCUCUGCUUCAGAAGAUGCUCAAUGCACAGUUUGCCUAACAGAAUACCAUGAAGAUGAUGUCUUGCGUAUUCUCCCCUACUGUGGUCACUCGUUCCACGUGACCUGCAUAGACAUAUGGCUGCAACAGCAUUCCACUUGUCCUGUUUGUCGAAUAUCGUUGCGCCAACUUCCUGAGAAAAAGCGCAUGAUGCCCUUGUUCAGCUCAGCUAUCCGCUCGCCAUAUAGCACAGAGUCCUUCGAUACCCAUUCUUACAACUGCUUGUUGGCAGGGCAGGGUAUUUCAUCAAUAUCCAAUAACAACUGUAUGGACUCCAUUCAGGAGGGUCAUUGCGCAUCAGAGCAUCAGGAAGCAGAAGUUACACAACGUUUGUCCCCGUUAACUGAAGGUAACCAGAAUGCUAAAGACUCGGGAAACAAGCAUGUAGAAAGCGUGUCAGAUCCCUGAAUCCUCAAGCAUCAAAAUGUAAGCUUUAUUCAUGACAAUUUCAGGUUUCAGAGUUCAAACACUCAUAUACAUAAAGGUGGGCAUCUAAUUCCUCUGGAAUCUUGCCAUGAAUUUCACUGCUUUGUAUUUUAUGUUAUGUAUAUAUUACAUAAAGGAAACUGUUUGGUUUCUGGGCAGUUUUGUUAGUUUCAGCCGUACAACUCUAAUCAAUUUUAAAAGUUGUUCAAUGAGAUGAUAUUUGUAUU